CUCCAGUAGCUAUUUUUUUUUUUAGCUAGUCUUGUCCAUAUCAGGCCACUCUCCCACUCGCCAUUUAACCGUCCUGAGUCUUUGUGUCUGGUUAGAAGACACCUCUUUUUAUCCAACUCCUCUACGGAGAUAUAUCCCCAUUUUUCACCUCCCCCAGGAAUACCCGAGACUGUUCACCGCAAUUUUCACCUUCGAUCCACAUAUUUCUGUCAUGAGUCUAUCUACAGCUAAACUCACAACGAGAACCCAAUUACUCGAAUGGUCAAUCGCAUCUGGUGGUAAGUCACGGGUUCUACAGCGCCUCCAAAGCAGCAUCUUCCCACCCCUCUCACCCACCAAGCAUUAUUCCAUCCUGUACCGCCACCGCUUGCUCGACUGGAAAAGAUACAGCGAGUCUAUGGUAAACACCCUAACCUCUCGGACUGAAAGACAAUUCUACUCGCACCAGGUGGCCCACGAAAUCUCUGUACAUAAUCUGCAUUCUCAAGCUGCCAACGACGACUUCGUCAUAGAUCGCAACAGCGACAACCGCAUUACGUCCAUCGCCCCGGCUAAACGCUCGGUCGCCUUCCACCACACGGCGUUCCUUGACGCCUUGGCCCAUGAAAUCGAUAACGACUAUCCCCACCUUGAAUCACUCGAUAAACUUGCAUAUACCAUACUCAGCCAGGCAAAGGGCCUGUUGGGGAAGCUUGACGGCCAUGCAGUCACCCUUGAGACCCUACAUCAGCACGUGGAUCCCCAGGAAGCCACGCUCCUUCGCAUCUUCCGCGCUGUCAUUGUCUCCUCCAGCGCCAUGAAAGGCUCUAUUGACCUAGACUCUGAUGUCCCCCAGUUUUUGAUGGGUUUGUGGGAAUCCAGAGCAGACUACUCUCCCCUGUACCAAUCGUUGGUCGAAUCCUGGAAGUACAAAGUGCUUGACACGUUGUUCCACUACAAGGAGCUUAGCACCAUUCAUUCAUUGCUCUUUGAGGAUCCGUCGGUGAAUCCCACGUCGGAGAUUUACAAGGCCCGGUACUACUGGACGCUCGGCGAGUACGACGUGAUCGACGGCCACGUUUCCCAGCUUAUCCUGGACCCUGCCACCCACCGUGAGGCCCUCCAUGUCAUCCGCCACGUCUGUAACCACUACGCGUCCAAGCUCCACACCCCUGUGACCUCAUUCAGAUUCUUUAUUGACAACACCAAACGCCUAUACGGAGACGUGGAGUUUCGUGCCGAAACCGCCCGGCCGUUCAUGUUAUGGACCUUGUAUAAAAUGCUCGACUCCGUCAGCUUUGAUCCCAAGUUUCUUGUCCGCUUGCAACCCCAUUAUGACAACGAAACUUACUGGCAAUUCCUCUCUACGUGCAUGCUUGUGGGCAAGACCUUCAACAAGCCAGAACUAGUGGAAGCCGUGUGGGACAUGAAACCCUUUGCCGCGUUAACCAGUACAGACUUAUCCUGCCACUUACACGGCUUGGUGGCCCUAGCGGAGUUUGCUGAGGCGAUCGAUACCUACAAUGCCUACUCCCAUUUGCACGAGCCAGAUCAGAUUGCCGUGAUGUUGCGGAUCUACGCCAAAAACCACGACUGGGACCGGAUGCAGCUGUUGUUUGAGCAGGUUAUUGCCAAGGGACCAGGGUUUGUGCAGCCGAUCCACUACUCUAUCGUCAUGAAGGGUCUCGCCUCGGCUGGGUACGACAGUGUGGUCAGCCAGUUGUACACUACGUACAUCAGAGACGGAUUCGCCCCCAAUGCCGAGAUUGUCAUUUCGAUGAUGAUGUCCAAGCUCCAGUCCCGCAAGUUCUACGAGGUGUUUGAGCAAUUUUCACAGACGGAAAAGUUUGGCAUCCAGCCAACCACCUAUAUGUACACACUCAUCUUCCGGACCUUCAAGCACCAGAAUGAUCUCGAAUCGGCGUUGAUGCUCUGGGAAAACAUGGUGGCCAACUCCAAGCACCUUCUUUCGGUGGAGCACGCGGGCCUUCUCAUCGACAUGUGCAGCUCUGCGGCCAAGUGGGAGCAGGCCACCGGAGUGUUUAACCAAUUAAAGGAGAUUGGCGACUGCGACGGGUUGUUGUACAAGCGAAUGAUGCAGUUGUACACGAAGUGCCACAAGCACCAGUUGUGUCUCAAGUUGUUUGACGAGAUUGUUAUCCAAAACCAAUCAGGCGGUAAACGCAUCCCGUUGGCGAUGGAUUUGUACACGGAAAAGCUCCGGUGCUUGGUACAGCUGAAGGAUCGUCUCCAGGCGUCUGCCUUGUUUGAAGAGAUGAAACACUUCACGCACCCGGUAACGCUAGAGUUUUUUGAGGUGGCUAUCCACUACAUGUUCCUUAUUGGCAACAUCGAAGGGGCAGUGCGAAUCGUUUCACAUGACAUGAUGAAGCAUAAAAACUUGACACCAACCAUCAGCCAUUACAACGCCUUGCUCAAGGGACUCUCCAAGGACAGGCCACUUUCUUGCAUAAAGCUUUUCGACGAGCUUAGCUACAAGCAGAACAUCUACGCAGAUUACCAGAGCCACCUCUACCUCAUUGAUGCGUUUGAGAGCUUGGCCCAGACUUCACUGAAAGCCCAAUGCACCGCGUUGGUAGCCAGGGCCCAGCAGCACUUGGAGCAGAUCAACGACCAGGUUAUCGAUAAAUUGACCAAGAUCUCCAACCAGCAGGGCGAUUACUACGAGGCCCAGUUUGAGCUGAAAGUCCAUAAUCGCAGAACACCAUCCCCGGACCAGCUACUCGUGUUGUUGCACAAAACCGUAAGGUUCUUACAGGGCGUAGCCCAUCCAUGGCAGGUUCAGGGCUGGCUCAACCACUUUGUGGAGACUAAGUUGGUCUACAUCGAUGCCACCGCCAGUUUCUAUGGCAGCUUAAUCUCCAAACAGAUCCGCAUAGAGAUCAACGCCAAGAUGGGCCGAUGGUGGAACGUGGACACGUUCUACGAGGAGUAUCUCCAGCUAGUCAUGGAGCAGUCGCACGUCAAGCCUGAGACCCCCGUUGUGGGUAAGCUCUAUCGCUCUUUGCUCAAUCCGGUUGUAAAGUAUAGGUUCGCUUCCUUGGACAAGAAGAAGCACACUGCUGGGGAAAACGUACCAGGCGCGGUGGACGAGUUGAAACGCGUGACCCGUUUGGGUUUCACUUUGAGCAACAGUGUCUGGAACUGGCUCAUUCCGUUGAUCAUGAAGGACCCCCAGAACUGCUUGAAGGGCUUGGAGUUGACCGAAAAUAUCUUCCAGAAUCGCGGUAAUUCCACCAGUGUCUCUGUCAAACUGUUGUCCCUCUAUAAAGACACCUGGUAUGAGAUCGAGGAGUAUCUCAAGAACUUUGUGCAGUUGUACGUUGAACACCAGGUCAAGCACGAAAUGAGCGUCAUCAAACACAGCGCCGUUGGUUCGUCCUCCGUAUCUGUGUUAGGGGAGAUUCAGAAGUUGCAGUUUGCAAUCAAGUACCGGGAGUUGAUGAGCCGGAUCCUUGGGAGGUACCCUAAGGCAACCACCCGGUUCGUCGUGGCGAACGAGUACGAUGCUGCUACCAACGGGUUUGGGACGCCCAGUGCUGGCCACAAGCCUUUGGAUUUUGACGUUGCUGGCUUCCAGCGGGAUGUGGAGCGGUUGUUGGGUGAGUUAAAAAGGCAUAUAGAACUGUAAAUAGCAUCAAGACGGGUUUCUUUUAGUUUCGGGAGCCUACCUGGAAGCAUUUUAUCCAUCUAUCAAGCAUUCCUAGGUUAAGUUUAAGCAUAUACUACCGGGUUGGAAUUCGGUGGUUGAGGUCUGACAACUAAACAGAGAUCGAGUUCUGUCUUACAACCCACUACGAUCCUUGACUAGUUGUUUUUUUGCUCAGCCCUGAUUCUUAUAUCAAUAGAUUGGGUUUUCAUAUACAAAGUUGGCACUGGAAGUGAUAUCCACCUUUCAGCUUACUUUCUUGGCUUUUCGGGUUUGGAGAAAGAAAAGCCUUGUCCGCCCUCAAGCGUACCAAAAACCAAUGGCCCAAUCCACGGCU